AUGGACUUCAACAAACAUUUCAAAAAAGCCACGAAUCGUACUAAAGAGAAGCUUCUCGAAGGAAUCGGAAAAGCGAAAGCCACCCAAGACGAAGUUUUCGAUCAGCACGCGGCUAAUCUGCAAAAACAGAGCAAAUCGUGUGAGAGAUUGCACAAGGAUGUUAAGACCUACGCCGCCGCUUUGAAAACUUUGCUAGCUGCUGAAAAACAACUCCGAGACACGAUCCGAGAUGCCUAUGAGCAAGAAUGGCCAGACCGAGAGCACCUCACAGCUAUUUUUGAUAAUCUUGAUAUUCAAACCGACGAGUUGGAGAAGAAAGUGUGUGAAGACUUGCCACAGACUGUGACGCAAUAUGUUAAUCAGUUCCCAGAUUUAAAGAAGAAGGUAGUUUGGACUUUUAGACACUACUGUAGUUGUAUAAUUUUACAGAUCGAAAAGCGUGGACGCAAAUUGGUGGACUAUGAUAGUGCCAAGAAUUCGUUUAAUAGUUUGAAAGCGUCGAGUAAGAAGGAUAGCGACCCAAAACUUGCCAAGGCUACUGUAGAACUGCAAAACGCUGAACAAAUGUAUACAGAGAUGAAUAAUGAGUUGUUGGAGAUUCUCCCAGCUGUAUAUGAUAGUCGGAUCACCUUCUUCGUGGAUACUCUUCAGUCACUCUUCAAUGCGAAUAGUGUCUAUCAGACGGAUGCUAGCAAGUUCCACAAACAAAUCGUAAUGCAACUGGACAAACUCGGAGAAUCUAUGGACUAUCUUCGAGUCGCCCGACCAGAAGCUCGUGCUCUCACUCCGAUCGACACCACCUCCUUAGCUUCAUCGAAUGCUCCAGCUACACCGGAUCCAAGUAAAGCUGAUAGCACCUCUCUCCGUCAAUCCACCCCGUCUCCAACUGUGGUUGUGUCCCCAGCACCAGCUGCAGUUCCAACAAUGAAGCCAAGAGAAAGUGUCGUUUCUAUGGCCAACUCAACUAAUCCAUUCGACGAUGAAGAUGAGACAGCAGAAGACGAAAAAGAAGCUACACCAACCACGGAAGUCGAGGAAAAGUUUGAGACCAAAGUUUAUCCGAAGCUCAACGCUCAACAAACAGCUGCUGCCGAUCAAGCAAUUGCGGCGGCGAGAAGACAGAAGAAGGAACCAUCCAACCCAUUCGACGACGAGGACGACGAAAAAACUGAAGUUGAGUAUCCAGUGAGCCCGAAGAAGGAAGACAAAGAGCCAGCACCAAAACCAUUGGACGGAAUUACCAAUGAAAAACGGAAGACCCUUUACUUCGUCACCUCGACUCACGAAUACAAAGCAGUUGAUACAGAUGAACUGAGUUUUGAACCAGGAAUGAAAAUUAAAGUGAUCGAAGCGAAUGAUGCUGAUCAAUUGGAUGAUGGUUGGAGACUUGGAGAGUUGGAGGAUGGAAAACGAGGAGUGUUCCCGGAGAACUUCACCAAGAAAGUUUAA